GGAAUCACCCUGUCUCACGGGGAAAACCCUCCCGCAGUCCCUAAAGCCCACCCACCCACCGCAGCAGCAAUGGGGAUGGCAAUCGCCUUAAGGAAAUUGGACCAUACCAGGCCUGUCACUUGAGUCAAUCCCUUCCUUAAAGACAAGAAGAAAUUGAAAACACAAAUGCUUUGGGGCGUGUUUCCAGUGAGCACGGGGAGGCCGGAGCAGCAGCAUCCACGGCAACAUCUGUGACCCGGCUGCGCACGUGCUGGAUGGACCGUGUUUGUGACCGGGCACGCACGAAACACCCUGGCCUGUAUAAAUACCCCCACGCCACUGCCCCCGGCUCCGUGGUGUGUUUGCCACGGGCACUGGAGGACAAGGACGGUCUCCGACCAGAGCGAGGUCCCCAGGCCCAGCCAGCUGCUUCGUGGCAGCCACUUGCGGCCAUGGAGCUGAGGUCGCGGCGCCGCAGGAUGUCAGAAUGCCCAACAGAGCAGUGUCCCCCAGCGCUGCCGGAGGAGCAGGCAAGACCCUCCUGUGCUCCUCCCAAGCGCAAAAGGAGAUGUCCCAUCUCCAAGGAGAGAGUGUGCGGGCUGUGCCGGCAGGACAACUGUGAUGCCGACAUGGUUGGCCAGCUGUGCCAAAAGGGUGGGCUCUGCGUCCACGAGAACUGCCUGUCUUUUUGCUGGAAGCACCGGCCGGUGCAGCGGGUGCGGGCGGUGCAGCAGGACCAGACCCUCUGCCUCAUCUGCCAGGAGGGGGUGGCGGAGCGCCCCUGCUACGACACCCUGGUGUGUCCCGCCUGCGCCAGCGCCUGGUUCCACCGCGGCUGCAUCCAGGGACAGGCGCUGCGCUCUGGCUUUCACUACUUUUGCUGCCCGCUGUGCCGCAACAGGGAGCAAUUCCUGGCAGAGAUGUUUCACCUGGGCAUCCGGAUCCCUGACAGGGAUGCUGCCUGGGAGGAGGAGGAUGGGGCCUUUGCAGGCCAUUACUUGCGGCACAGCUCCUGUGAUGCCAACCAGUGCCUGUGCCCAGAGGGACGCGAGCAUGUGGAGGUGAAUGGGUGAGUGCCGGUGGCUGCGGUCCCCGCAGCCCCAGCGAGGAGAUGGCGAUGCCUUCGUCUCCUCCUCUGGGCAGGGAUGGAGCUUCCCUGGGAUAUGGGCACGGCACGGCAGGGUGAGUGCCAGCAGCUCAGCCCCAGCUGCCGGCGGGAG